UCGCACGGUUCGUAAUCAGUCUGCGUAGGUUCGUUGUCGUGUUAUGUGUAGCUAACAGAGACCGGUGUUUGUGUUAGUUCAUAAGAUACUUGUUUCGGACUUGCACAUUUUUUUUGGAUUAUCGCCACUUGUGAACAUGCUGAACUCCAUUACAAAAUACGAAAACUGCCAGUGCACAAGAAUACCAAGACGUCUGGAACCCACCGAUAACAUGAUUAUGGACAAGGAAAAUAUGGGGCCUCUCAGCCCUAUGAAAAUUGACGAGAUUUCGUUCUAUGAAAACGACAGUCCAAGAAGGAUAGAAUGCGAUGGUACAUCCCCUACACAUUGUUCACACAAUAUUGUCGAUAUGGUCGAUGAUUUCGACCCUAGUUCCCAGGAUUCUGGAUAUGGAACCACCUACAAUCCAACCUUGAGGAGAUUCGUUUCGUUCUUAUCCCCUACGAGAUCAUCUAAGGCUUCCUUUGGUUCUCUUGGUUCGACCGACGAUGACUUUUUGGAGAGCAUGUCUGAUUUUGAGCCGAUAGAUGAAAACCUGCCAGUGAAUUUCAGAACGCUAAUCAACGGUGAAUUAUCAACAAUGACCGAGAAUGUUAACUUCAAGAUGUCACCUCAAGAUACCAAUUUACGACCACUUUUCCGUAGAGCUUUAUCCCUUCACAAUGAAUCUAGUACACCAAACACACGUCGUGUAAGGAGUUGCUUGUUUCAAGGGGAAGAAGUCAAAUCCUUCAAGAGGCCUGAACCACCAACAGCCAGUGAAGAUUUCAGUCCUUUACAACCUAAAAGAUCAAAGUUGUUCUUAGAGAAUGAUAAUGUUGCCAAACCAGUACUUAAAAGAGCCUUUUCUGCAUCAGAAGAAACAAUUAAAUACGCUGUUCAAAGAUCAGCUGAAGAAGAGUUGAUUGGAGAUUUCAGCAGGACUUACACUUUGCCACUUACCCAAGGGAGGCACCAGGAUCUUAAAUCAAUCACAUCAGAAACACUAGCUAGACUUAUGAAAGGCGAAUUUAAAGACACUGUGGCUUCUUUCAAAGUUAUUGACUGUAGAUAUCCUUACGAAUUCAGUGGUGGUCACAUCGAUGGCGCUCUCAACAUCUACACCAAGGAAAAGUGUUUGGAAUUGCUCAAUCAACGAAGUUUGGAUGAGAAAGAUGAUAAAAUACACAUUCUGAUUUUCCACUGCGAGUUUUCCAGUGAAAGAGGACCCAACCUAUUCAGAUAUUUACGUCAGAUGGACAGAUCGAAAAACGAGGCUGCUUAUCCUGCUCUUCAAUACCCUGAGAUCUAUCUGCUGGAAGGCGGUUACAAAAGUUUCUUUACCGAAUUUUCCGAGAUGUGCGUCCCUGUAGCAUACAAACAAAUGUUGCAUCCUGGCCACGAAGAAGACCUGAGAUAUUUCAGGAUGAAGUCGAAAACCUGGAAUUCAGAUACACGCCAAAGAUCGAAUCGUGUGAAUUUGAAAAGAUUAGGGUUGUAAAUCUACUUAUUUUGUGAAUUCCGUGAAUUUGUGAUUUUGUAUGAGUGAUGUUGUUCAUCUCUUGCCAUAAUUCUAUCGGUUUUAGUUCUUGAGUGCUGGCAUAACACUGAUUCUUGUAUAUAACAAUUCAAAUGGUUGAAAAUAUUUUUAAAAACCGGUAGAGUUGGGCAAAGAGAGUUGUGUGAAUAUGUGGAUAUUGUAAAUAAAAAUCGGGAUGCCUAUUGUACAAAUUCUGCCAUAUUGGCUCUAAUGACUCAACAGUCAGUACUUGUAAAAACUGUAUAUAAGAGUUCUUAAGUACCUAAAUUUUAUAUAGUUCAUACAUUGGAUUUAGUUACUCAUAUCCUUUGCAAUGCUAUCACCAAAGUUUUCUAUUGUUGUUUUAAACAGUUUAUAGGCUGGUUCACAGUCUUUUCUUGUGCAAUUUAAUCAGCAAUAAUAAUGUGAUGUUGCAUUCUCUUACCAGUUCUCGUCUUUUGAUUUUGCUAUAAGCACUGGUUUUUGUUUUGCAGAUUUUUAUUCAUUAUUAGCUCUUAAUUUUAGCUCAGUAUUCAUUAAUGCAUCAGCAUAUUGCCCAUGUGUUCCCGCAACAGGUGAAUUUUUUUUUACCAAUUUUUGAACUUUUAGUUGUGAUUUUUUGUAAAUAUUACUUGACUGAAUUUGAUUGCCUUUCCCUGUUGCAAAAAUAGUGAUACCCCUAAAUUUGUAAAAUAUAUUUUUUUAACUUAUAAUAAAUCUCUAUCAUGAAUAUAAA